GUUCUGAUUGUAGCAAUAUAAUGUCUCCAGAAGAAGACGAAGCAGCUGAGAUAUAGGAAUAUAUAUAUAUUUACACACACAUAUUUAUAUACAUACACACCAUAUAUAAGAAACACAUCGACAACGUUCUUCUCUGGAACAAUUUACAUUAUCGUAUUUUUUUUUUUGGCGUGUUCAAUCAUUUGUCAACUUAAAUGUCUUGUAGGUUGACAUGGUCGCUGUAUCUUCUUCCAACGGUCAGCUUAUCGAUUCGGAGAUAACUGACUGCCUCUCCUGUUUGUAUUGUAAAUAAUUAACAUCGCCUAAGGAGGAGUAUUUUGGAGUUGUCUUAGACCAUUAAAACACUCCAUCAUCACCAACAACACCGAACGACCAACAUGGCGGAAUUUCUAAAAGGAUUGCCUUGUUACAAUGAACACAACUUUACAAGAUUUCAUCCCGAUUCUGGUUGUAAAACUAGUGUACGGCGGCCUGCUGUUUAUAUUUCAACCAAAGACCAUCCAUACGAACAAGUUAUUACUACUGAAAAGACUAAUAUUCUGCUGAGGUACUUACACCAACAUUGGGACAAAAAGAAUUCUAAUAAAAAACGAGAUUCUUCAAAAGCCAAUUUAGAAUCUCCUGAAAGCAGUACAUCUCAGAAGGUUCCCAGAUUAAACAGUUGUGAAGAAAGUAGCUCUUAGGGUGUGGCUGGCUAUAUAUAUAUAUAUCUAUAUAUAUAUAUAUAUAUAUAUAUAUAUAUAUAUGUAUAUGUAUGUAUGAAUGUAUGUAUGUAUAAUGGCUGGUCUGGUCUCAUUGUGAUGGAACAGCUCAGCUUUUCUGUCUCUUCCCCAGCUGGUAAUCGUCUAAUGGAGAAGGGUAGGAAAUGGAAAUGGAGUGCUUUUGUUGUCAGUUCUCAUUCUCCAAACACCACCCAUGUAGGAUGUUUUUGGUGAUACCCUAUUCAAUUUUAUCGCCCCCAUUUCUACCCAACUAACAUUAAAGCAAUCUCUGAUCAGAUAGUUUCUUUCUUAACUUUUUCUACUUCUUUUUUUUUUUUUGCCAGUUCCUUUCUUUUAUAUUAAAGGAACAUUUUGGGUGAAGACAGAUGGCUAGGUCUAAGUUACUGGGCUGUUCUAAGUGUCACUGUCAUUUUCUCUUUACUUUCUUUCAUUCACACAUUUUCUUGUCCCUUGCCUUCUUCUUCUGACACUCAACACACCUAUAUAUAUAUAUAUAUAUAUAUAUAUAGUUUGUGUGUAUAUAUGUAUUCCUUCGUAAAUGACAGUGACAUUGAGGUACUCACUUCACAGUACCCAUCCUAAGCUGCUCAGAUAAUCAUGAAAUGUGAGAAGAGAUGAAAUAAAAUUAAUUAAUUGAAAUAAUAAUCUAUAAAUCUGUUUAUUUUUUUACAUUUAUUUUUCUAUGUUUCAUCUUUUGUGUUGGGAACACAUACAUACAUUUACAUACACACAGACAUGCACUCACAGUUACACUCAUGUAUAUUUAUAUGUACAUGUGAUAUACUCAUAGGUUACAGGUAUUUACACCACGAAAAUCUGUACUCAGAAAUGUAAAAUAUAUGUAAAGAUAUAGUCAGCUAGUGAUAACACAUCUUGAUUUGAAGCUUCAUUCUCAGUGGGUGAGUGUUUACUGUUUUGCUGUCUUCUAAAAUUACAAUGUGCAAGCAAUCAUUUCUAUCAGCAAAUCCACAGCUUGCUUUAGAAUGUGGAAUUAGAGGUCCCUUUCAAUUCAGGUUUAGUGACAGGAAGACACCUACCCAUAAAACAAUGCCUGUGUAAUUUUUUUUAAUCCAUGCUAGCCUGGAAAAAAAACUGCAAAAAUGAAUGACUGAAAAGAAAAGAGG